AUGGCCGCUGUGCCGGGAAGCCCGAGGCCGAGGCUGCGGUGUCCGGAGGGGCUUUCGGGGCUGGGAGGGUGCCGUGCGAGCCUUGCAUCUUUCAGGGGGUUGAUCCGGGCCCUGAGAGCUUCUGCAGCCUACGCCGGGUUGUCUGUCUCACCGCACAACCCUACAGAGGAUGCCCGGCCCAGAGCCUCUGCUGGCAGGCGCCGGCGCCUCGGGGCUGUGGCCUCCCCUGGGCCCUUCCCUGGGCCCUUCCCUGGUGUGAUACUGACCCUCACGGUAGCAGUGCUUUCGUGGACUCUCUGCCCUGGAGAUUUAGAGCUGGUGCAGAUCGGGUUUAUUGGGAGGAGGGAAAAGGGUGAAUCCAGAGACAGCUCAGGGUUUGCCACUCUACGGGCUGGGACUCCUGCAGAACUGCAGGGGCAGAAGAGAGUACGAGCAGUCUUGGAGGUGACACUGCUGGCUUUGUGCUGCUUCGGACCUGAAUCAAGCCCCCAAGGACACCGCCUCCCCUCUGGGCCCGCUGCAGCCCGGGGGCUGGCCGGGCGGGAGGGGAUAACAGUCUGCCGGGCGCCCCAUCGCCAUGGUCCCUUGCCUCCACAGAGCACCGGCCGGCCGUGCCCGGAGCCAGGGUUCGCCGGGAUCCCGGGCUGCGCCUGCCCCUGGUCUGUCCCAGCCGGUGUUUCCAAGGAGACCUGGGCUGCCGCCUGCACCGCGGAGCCGCCCCCCAGCCGGGACCGGGGGGAAACGCGGCCGCUGGGGCAGUUCUGCAGCUCGCAGCUCGGUGCUCAGGAUGCGGCAUGGCAGGGAGACCAGCUGUCCUCCCAGCUCUACAGGAACAAACAGCUUCAAGAUACUUUGCUUCAGAAGGAAGAGGAACUUGCUAGGUUACAUGAAGAAAAUAAUAACCUCCGACAAUACCUGAAUUCUGCCCUGAUUAAGUGUUUAGAAGAAAAAGCCAAGAAACUGCUUUCCUGCCAUGGCCAAAAAAACUGUGCUAUUCUCAAAAGCACCAAGAGGAAAUUAAAAGAGUACCACUGCUUUGCUCCUCAAGAAUCUCCUCAUGCUUCCAAAGCCAGAAGGAACCUCUUUAAUGAAUUCACUGCCUGCGAAGAGCAAGCCAGCCCUGCUGUAGACAGCUGGGUCUUGCAGACUUUAGGAUUAAAAGAUGUGAACACCAUUGAUGAAACUUCAGCUAACUACAGUGCCCUCUCCUCAGACCUUGGAAAAGACAUGUGCUGCCUAAGCGCUGGUGAAGCAACAGACUAUGACCACAGUGAAGGAGCAUCAGCAGCAUAUAGCUGCAGCCACCUGCCUUCAGCUAACAACAGUACCCAUCCAUGCACUGAGGACUCUCCCUUCCUUCCUCAGUUUUCUUCAGCAGAAUGUGUCGCAUCAGUGCCAAGCAUUUCCUCCCUCCCAGCCUAUAGGUUGCCUUAUUUGACUGGGAAUUUGUCACCCAAUAAAACAGAAAUGGCCUUCACAACAUCACUAAGUCCUCACCGCAAUGUGAGAACACACACCUUCCACCAAGGACAAGCCUUUGUGUGCAGGGAUGAUGAUGGAGGAUGGAGAUUCACCUGGGUGCCCAAGCAGGGUGAAUAAUGCACCUGCACUGGGGGUCAGCAGUAGGGGGUGAAGAAGACAGACACUUCAUCUUGUGCUUGAAACUGAUUCAUGCAUCAAAAAUGAGCCCUUCUGGGCUCUGAUAGGUGCUCCUCUGUCAUGUACUCCUCAUUCCCUUCCAGAUACUUACAGACGUGGCUCGAUAUUGCACUUGGACAAUUAUCUGCCCCAGACCAGAUAUACACUUCUCUUGUGCCUGUGUUGAGAUACCUGAUUUUAUUUGUUUCAUGUUUUUUCUAUCAUCAGAUACUCCUUGUUAACUGGUAGUUAACAAGGUUGGAGUGCUUUCAGCUUUGAUGAUUGAAAGCAUUUGGGCAAUACAGUUUGGAAAUGGCACUUUUCUCAGAUAUCCACAGAUGACAAAGGAGGCAUAGGCUGAGGAUCAGCAGUUUCUAAGUGAUUUGCGUCUCUCCUGGCUACACAGAUUGCCUUGGAUUAAGGCAGUCACGGGUAUUUGUUAAUGUGCUACACUAGGCUGACCUACAUGAAGUCACAUGGUGCUGUCACAUUCUUUGAUGAUGCCUUAAAAUAAACAGGAUUUCUUCUAUUGCCUGAAGGCUACUUAAUUACAAGUGAUUCAGCAAGUUCAGGGAAUUUUCUUAAAGUGUGAUCAAGAGAUUAAUGUUUACUGCAUUGUGCUUUAAAGGUAUUUUACCUGUCAGAUAAAAGGAGUUUAAAAAGUUUGAGCCCUGGAACAGGAUCUGGAAUUGGAAAUUCUGUAAUAACACUGCCACCACCAGCCAAGUCCCUGGCCCGGUAUAUCUGUGACAGAAAUUGUCUCAUCUGUGGAUAAUGUACACUAAGAGCUCUUCUUCUUCUGCAAAAGAUUCAUUCCUGUUGUCUCCAACAUCCCGCUAAUAUUUUGAUGGAUUUUAGUCUGUGUUUACCUGCCUAAUUACAAGGGAUUUUGGAAGCCCUCAUGAAAGAGAACCACUCCUGGGUUCAUAAGCAAUUUCUGUGGCUCCAGUGGGGCUUUUUUUACAAUAUCAAGAGCUGCCUUGUGAAACUAGUGAUAUUCCUUCUAGGGAACAACUUCUUGACCUUUUUGUCUUAUCUCCGAGAUCACACAGAGAUCUAUCUGCAAUCAACAUCAGCCCAGAGUCAGGGCUGCUUCUUCCUUCUCCCAUAACCACACACUUCUAUGGGAAUGUUUCUUCUGGCUGGGGAGGCAGUAUCACUUGGGGGCAGAGUGAGCAUUUCAGAACCACAGCCUUCAACACCAGCUCUUCCCUACCCAUGUCUCUACCAGGCAGUGGUGGGCGGAAGCUAAGACCACUGCUAGCUUGAGAAUGCUUUAAAAACCUCUGCAGAGAAGGUACUCUAGCACUUCACAGGACUUGAGUUUUAGUAACACUACUAAUGAUAUGAAGUUAACUGACAUGAAGUAAACUCAUUAGUAAUGUUUUAUGUUACCUUUAUUCUCUGCUUUACAGUAGUUUGAUGCCUAAGUGUUGGAAAUACAGUGAUUUGGUUAUUUUUUCUUUCAGAAUUGUCCCAGGGACAUUAAGGAAGUACUUAAGUAAAAAUUACUGUAGUAGAGGAUUUCCUUCAAGUGGCUUAUUUUCCUAUAGAAAACUGGAUAUUCCUUUAUUUUUAGAGGAUAAAAAUAUCUCCUGAAUAGCCUCCUGUGCCUUAGAAUUACAGUAUUUGGGAUUCUAUAUUUAAUACAUAUUUAAUAUAGAAGCUAUACUUAAUAUGGAAUUGCAAUAUUUGGGAUUCUAUAUGUAAUAUUUAGAUUUCCCAGAAGACUUUUAAAUAAGCAAACUCUGUAUUUCUGGGUAGUUACUUUAAAGUCAGUCAUGGGGCAGACUUCCAAAUAGGCAAUUUGAAAGGAUUGAUUGUAGGCGUUAUUGCACUGGAUAUAAGAAAAACCUCACAAAACCAAAACAAACAAAACCAAGGCACAUAGAAUAAAUGCAAGUAUUUGACAGUUUUGUUGUGAUCAAUAAAAAAGUGGACAGCUGAUGAAGACUGAUCAGACGAGACCACUGUUUCUAUAGUACUUUUCAGCUUUUCAGUCAGAACAGAAGAAAAAUUUUGUCCUACGAACAGCUAAUUUAUUUCUCAAGGCAUUUCUUUUCUAUUAAUCUUCCCAUGCCCUGCUAUAUAAGACAGCAUUGAAGAAAAUACUCCUGUCACUGGAAUGUAUAUUGAAGCAUGUGUUAGUGUAGAAAAUGCUUGACUUUAACAUGGAUACCUGAUACGAGACCCUGGAGAGUGUGGUGCGUGGGAUAAACAACAUGCCAGGAGUAGGCAGUGUGGCGAGAAGAUUACACCCAGCGCAGCUAUAGAUGUCACAUCUUUCAAAACAGCUGUAGAAUAUAAGCUGAGGAAGAGCUGUCUGUGUUUUCUGUCACUUUUGAGUGCUAUUACUUAUGUUUUUCAAUGCUAUGAAGUCAGCAGCAGUAAUAAGGACACUUGCCCUAUUAGGAAAUUAUUAAUAUUUUCUUUUUUUCUAAAGAGAAAAAGCUUUCCACAUAUUUGGUAUUUUCUUUCCUCAUUUUUAUAUCACUGCAUGCAGGAACUUCUCCUGCAGAGAGCCAGGACAAAAGUGUCAGAUCUUUGGUACAAUCUCAAAGGGUUUUCAGUAGGAACAAAGUGAUGCUUGAACCUUCACCAGCCUUUUGUGAAGGGAUGACUGGGCCCCUUCUCUCAUAGCAAAUAACUUAUUAAAAAAUAGUAUUUCUUGAGUUAUUAUGAAGAGCAAUAGAAAUAAGCCAUUCUACGUCUAACACCAACCAACAGCAAGCAAGUUAGCUCCACGGUGAGGAAUGAGACUCUUCUGCUUUUUAGUUUCUCUAAUAUUCCUGAUAUGUUCAGUAGUGCAAUUCUCAUUGAGGACAAGUCCCAGUGACCAAACCAUUCCUUUAGAAAAAUGUUGCUCCUAUUGCCAGAAGCAAGCCUUUACUCAGCAUACCACACUCUAAAACCACCUGGUUCUUCUGAAAAUCCCACGUCCAUGCAGAUGCAAUAAAUGUGGAAUUUUUACAGUAGAUUGCUGUCAAAUGGUAGGAUAUAGAGGAUGAUUACUGCCUGGGCUGGUGCUGGUUUGACAUGUUGAUUUGACAUGCUCUGUCCCUGUGAUUUCCUUGAGCCUGAAAGCAGUAAAGCUGCUUUAAUAAGGCACUGCUUCCAGCUCAUUUGCCUUUACCUCCCAGAAGGGCCUAUGACCUUAGGUGCAGGCUGGGGCUGCAGCAGCAAAACUGCUACUAACUUGAUACUAGUGAGCCUGAAUCUAGCUCCUCAGUGUAUAGGCACACAGUAGAAGCACCCUACAUUGGACUUUUAAAAGUCAGCCAUAAAACUGGAGCCUAAACACACCAAUUUUUUCUUCAUAAAAUAAAAUCUGGAAAUGCUUAUUUGCUUUUAAUUACUGUCCAGUUUGCACAGUUCUUUGGCCUGCAAAGACAUGGGAGAGGAGAUCUUGCCUGUCCAAAGCCUAAAGUAGGUUUCAAGAUGGGGGUUCCAUCCUGAUUUGUGCCUGAUGCUUCCUGUUUGUCCUUUUAUAUCCCAUUCUCAGUACUAAAACAGAGCUAAAGCCACCCUGCUGCUCAUGGAAAGCAUGAGGUAAAGCCCAGGGAAGCCUGUGUCACAUUACCAUGCCACAGAGGUAGCUAGACCUCAAUAGGAGUGAAAACAAAAAGUGAAAUACAGUUCUUCACAAAGCCAUCACAACUAGGUAGCCAGGGGAUUGUAGAGAUAAAGAGUUUCAGCUUAGUACUGUACUUCUAACUUCAAAAACAAAUCAAGCAGCUGGAAUAGAAGAGCAGGAGGUAGAAGUUCUGAGUUCCAAUAUUGCCUCUGGUAUUACACUUUGUUUCUGUACUUUGGUUUCUAUGGAACCCACCACUAGACCAGUUCAUAGCAAUUUAACCAGAAAACAUGAUUCUUGCUGCUGCAAAUUGUGUGAGAAGUUCCCUUUUACCAAGGAUCAAUACCAGGCCCAUAUACCUCCAGGAUGGGGAAGUACUACUUGAAUGGCCCAGGGGCCCUAGGAAAUUCUUUGAGCAGCAGUGAACUUCAUUGUCUGUAAAUAUCUACCUGGUAUUAACAUAUUGUUUUUAUUUUUUUAUUUGACGUUUGUUUGCCUUAUUAUGUGAAUGCAACACGUGCAGCUGCACACCUUAAAACAAUCCAUGUUUUUAGAAAGACAUGCUAGUAGAAAUGGAAGUUAAUUUAACACUUAAUAUGUUGACAUUCAUGAUUUUUGUGACUAAAAAGGCCAUGAUUAUAUGUAAAUGUCAGUCUUACCGGUGGCAUUAUGUCUAAUAAAACUUAACAUCUAAUUGAUGCAAUUAUUUCUGCCCACUUCAGCAUCUAUUAAAAAAUGCAGCUGUUUCUCAGCACCAUA